CCCUUCUUCUUCCUCCUCUUUUUCUCUAAACUGAACAGAACAAGAAUUGAUUUAAAGAAAAAAAAAAGAGAGAGAACAAGACACAACUGAAACAGCGUAAAACGAUGUCGUGCUCGGUGGCGGUGUCUAAUUCUCCAGUGUUCUCACCAUCAUCAUCACUCUUCUGCAACAAACCAUCAGAAACGCUGACGUUAACACUGACACAGCUAAAAGCCUCAGCAUCGAACUCCCCAUCUUCUUCUUCUUCUUCUCCAUCGUCUUCUCCUCGCUCCCCUUUUCGCUUACGCCUCCAGAAGCCACCUGCUGCUUCUUCUUCUUUGGGUUCUUCUUCUUCUUCUUCGGCUGUUUUGAAGAGGAAGAGACCAGCGAGGCUUGACAUUCCUGUUAUUGAAAUGGGUUUUGGAGUUGGAGGACCCAUCACCCCUGCUGCUGAGAUGGCGGCCGAGAUUGAGCGAGAGGGUUGUGGGUAUUCUGUUUAUUGUAAAAGAGGUAGGAGAGAGGCUAUGGAGGAUCGCUUCUCUGCUGUUCUUGAUCUUCAAGCUCAUCCCAAACAGGCUUUCUUUGGUGUAUUUGAUGGGCAUGGAGGAUCUAAAGCUGCUGAAUACGCAGCACAAAACUUAGAUAAGAACAUUGUGGAUGAAAUUGUUAGAAGAGAUGAAGAGCAUAUUGAAGAUGCAGUUAAACAUGGCUAUCUCAACACAGAUGCUCAGUUUCUAAAGCAAGAUUUAAGAGGUGGCUCAUGUUGUGUCACAGCUCUCAUUCGCAAUGGAAAUCUUGUUGUAUCUAAUGCGGGUGACUGUCGUGCUGUCAUGAGCAUACAGGGUAUAUCUGAAGCCCUCACAUCUGACCACCGCCCUUCUAGAGAAGAUGAGAAGAACAGAAUUGAAACCUUGAAUUUGUUUUUGCAGGGCGGUUAUGUUGAUUUAAUCCGUGGUGCCUGGAGAAUUCAGGGAUCCUUGGCUGUUUCCAGGGGUAUCGGAGACCGCCAUCUUAAGCAGUGGGUAAUAGCAGAGCCCGAGACAAAAGUUUUGAGAAUCAAGCCUGAGCACGAGUUUUUGAUCCUGGCUUCUGACGGUUUAUGGGAUAUGGUUGGUAAUCAGGAAGCUGUGGAUAUUGUUAGACCUUUGUGCAUAGGAGUGGAUAAGCCAGAUCCAUUGUCUGCUUGUAAAAAGCUUGUUGAUCUAUCUGUUAGCCGAGGCUCUACUGAUGAUAUUAGUGUGAUGAUGAUUCAAAUGCAGCACUAUGUGUAGUUCUGCCAUUAGCAUUUGAAGAUUUGGAAAUCCAGCUGACAAAUAGAUACGCUGGAUUUGGGUCUGUCUUGCUAUUCUGGUGUUUCCAAAGAACUUUGCGUUGCUGGGUGGCUCCCUUUAGAUUUCAGCUGCUGCAGUGGGACUUUUUGGUGGCAGAAAUAUGGCAGGAAUUGGCUAUUAUUGGUGUUAGGACAGGAAUUAGCCUGAUCUAGAUUUAGUUGUUGACAAUUCUUGGGGGAUUCUUCACCCAAAUUAGAUCAUUAACAUAAUAACAUUCAUUCAUUUAUUCUUUGAAAAAAACAUUCAUUCAUUUAUUCUUUCUGAUUUAUAAUUUAUUUA